GAGCAGAGCCUUUGGUAUCCAACAUCUGGGGCUCACAGCGGCCUAGGCCCUAGGAGGGGCCCACCGCGACCACGGGAGCAAACCCUGCCCUGCUGUGAUGGAAUUUUGUUAUAAUGAGAAUGCUACUUGGUUUAUUAUGUUUUGCCCCCGCUCGUGAAAAGAGAUUUUUUUCCAAUCUAUUUUAAAUACGGUUACUAUCAAACCAGUGACUGUCCAGCCCACCCGGCCCCGCAGAAACAGGAGUGUGGCCACUUAGAUGGGGAAGAAGAAAGAGGAAAGAAAAAAGAAAAAGCUGGAGGAUGGGGCCUGGGAGGGUCCAGUUCCUCUUCAACUCUGCUCUUCACACUCAGACGCCAAUGGGUCAGGCCCUGCUGCUCAGAAGAAAGCCAGCCUCUCGGCUGCCCCAGGCCAUUCCCACAGCAGCUCGGAUGGUGGGUCAGGAGGCCGAGCCCCGUGCCCCUGGAACUCCGUCAAGGGAGCUCAGCCAGCCUGUUGCAGGAAGCUACUUCACAGGGUGAGCAGACUUUUGGAACACGUAGACAUUAGGACCGAUGCCCAUUUCAUGACCCUAAACCGCAGCGCCGGGCUCUCUUUGACGGGCAGCCUGAAGAUGGCCAAUUACACGUCAGCCCCGGAGGAUGACUAUGACGUCCUCAUAGAGGAUGACCUGAAUAGCAAUGAAAUAGAACCAUGCGACCCCUAUGACCCCAAGAUCCUGGUGGCCCGGGUGGUACCCCAGCUCUCCACCACCGUGUUCCUGACUGGUCUCCUGGGCAGUCUCUUGGUUGUGCUUAUCCUGGUGAAACAUAAAGGACUCAAGCACAUGGAAGAUAUCUAUCUCCUGAACUUGGCGGUUUCGAAUUUGUGUUUCUUGCUGGCCCUGCCAUUCUGGGCCUACACUGCGACACACGGGGGGGUUCUUGACAACCCCUUCUGUAAAAUUCUAGUGGUCCUGUACUCCAUAGGCCUAUAUAGCGAGGCAUUUUUCAACGUCCUCCUGACUGUGCAUAGGUACCUGGUGUUUUUCCCCGUGAGCCUUCCCUCAACCACCAGGAUGACACGCUGGAGCAUGAUCUCAAGUAUUCUGGCGUGGGUCCUAGCCGCUCUGGUCAUUUUGCCCGAAUCCGUGUUUUAUAAAGCUCAGAUGGAAAGCCAGAAAUACAAGUGCUUCUUGAGACUACCUCACUUCCUGCUGGCGGAGGAGACAUCCUGGAAGCGUUUUCUGACCUUAAAGAUGAACAUUUUGGGACUUCUUUUUCCACUGUGCGUUUUUGUCUUUUGCUACGCGCGAAUGAGAAAAAUACGAAGGUCUGGGGAGAGGAGGUCUGGCCUUUCUAAGCUGGUUUUUGCCAUUAUGGCUGUUUUCCUUCUGAUGUGGGGACCUUACAACGUUGCACUUUUCCUGUCCACUUUCAAAGAAUCUUUCUCCCUGCACGACUGCAAGAGCAGCUAUAACCUGGACAGGAGCAUUCAGAUCCUGAGAUUUGUCGCAGCCACCCACUGCUGCGUCAACCCCCUCCUCCAUGCGUUCCUUGACCCCACAUUCAGAAGACACCUUGGCCGUCUUUGCUGUGUGCACGAUGGCCGUCCGCAGUCCAGAGAGGAAUCUACACGAGAUGCCUCCAGGGAAGAACGUGACCAUUCCACCAAAGUGUAAACUAGCUUCCGUCAAAGGCGGGACAAAUAAACAUUGAUUUUUAUA